UUAAAAGUGAAAACAAAUUUACUCUUUUAGCACUUAUUAGUACUGAGUCAUCGACUGAAUGACAAGAAAAAAGAAAAGAAAUUAUUUUCAAUGUGAUUACUGCAAAAACAUCCAGAAUUUGCAGGUUCAUUUAAUGCUUUCGAGCAAUAACCAGAAUGGCCGACCAAGAUGAACUGAUCCAAAACAGUAUGCUUCUCCUCGGUAUACGGAUGAAAACACUGACUUCGGCUCAACGAGACAUCAUCAUCGAACACGGCGGGAACAUCAACACCAAGGAUGCCAACGAUAGAAACAACACCCCACUUCACGUAGCUGCCUGCAAGGGAGUUCCGGAGAUUGUCCAACUUCUGCUGGAUAGAGGGGCAAAGGUUUCGGAAAAGAAUUCGAAUGGGCAAACCCCGCUGGAUGUUGCCCAAGGUUCUGAGGUCAUCGAAAAACUCAAGAAAAACAACCAAACUGUGCCUCCCCAUGAAUUACGACCAGCAAGGGAUCGAUCAGUUGCUCAGCAAUCAACCGCUGAAAAUAGAACCAUCUUCUAUCCAAAACGAUCCGGAACAUCCGGCUUUUGUGGACAGCUGUAUGAAACUAAACUGCUAACGUUGAUUUUGUUUCGGGCCCUGAAACGCAAAGACAUCGUCGAGUUUUAUCUGGGAUCCAACGUGGACGGCCUGGGGGCACUGGACGAUGUGGUUUUUUGGUUCCGGGAUAUUUACGGGAAAACAUGGAUGCAGUUUAUCCAAGCAAAGCAUCGCGAUGACCCCGAUAAAGACGGAAAGUUGACCUUGGGAGAGAUCCUCAAGGAGAAAGGUGACUAUAGCAUACACAAGUACUUUGAUAGCUACCUGGCAAUAAGGCGAAAGUUUGGGUCAAAGAGCGAGGAUGACCAGAUCUUCAGAGAAGAGUUUCAAAAAGUGGACUGUGAUUUUGUGAUUUAUACCUCAGCGAAAGAGAACUUUGAUUGUAAAAAAGGGAUAGAUACUGAGACAACUGAGUUCAAUACAAAAACGGGUGAUUUAUUAUAUUCAACUCAUCGCGGUAAGACAUUCAAGUUUGAAUACAGUCCGCAACAUGUUAAAACAUUGGCUGUAGUUGCAACUAAGUUACGUAUUCAAACAUUAGGAAAGAGAUUGGCUAAUUUUGUACUAUCUGGCAGGACAGCCAAUGUUAUGUCCGAUGAUCUGAUGAGAACGUAUCACGUAGUUUUGGCACAAAAACUAUUUAAACACAGCGAAACAGGACAAAUGACAUUCAAGACAGAUUUCUUUGAUUCCAAGGAAGAGUUAGUUGUUAUUUUGAGGGAGGUAAUGUACGAUAAAGUUUUAGAAUAUAGAAAGCAAAAAUUUCAAGAUUCAGAUUUACAAAACAUUUUGAAAGUUCUUUUUGAGAAUCCUAGCGCGGAAAAUAUAAGCAAACUACUCGGCAAUGUGCUCAAGUACGAUAAAUCGUCAAACUCGCUUACACCAAUUAAAAAUCGGGUGAAACUAGAUGCGUUACAAGAAGCAGCCUUUAAAAAUAUAAUAGUUACACAAGAAACUAUACGAAAUGCUACAGACAUCGUAGGAAGAUCAACAUUGGAAUCAUUAAAAGUCAAAUUUCCACCUUUUUUCGGAAAUCUAGAUUUUCCAAUCGGAAAAGGUAAACAAGAGCAAAGAAUUAAGCAUUUAGUACAUCGAUUUAAGGAUUUGUUUGAAUUGGCAGCGCAAAAUGACAACAUUGUCAGAAUCGAUGAAAGUAUGAUUGGUCCUGGUAAAAUAUUAAACAGUGGCGAUGUUGGUCUUAAUGGGGGUUUUGCCGGUAUGGUGGGCAAUAUCUUGAUUCCGGAUCAAAACACAAACUUGUUGAAAUUUAAUGUUGAUGGAAGUUCGUUGCAAUCAAAUGCAAACAGGUUGCUUGAGUUGUUAAAGAGUGAAAUUGGGAUUGAUUUAGAAAGUUAUCGAUUAGAAAUCAAAGUUGAUUGUUUUCCACGAUUGACGUUGGAAAAUAAAGAAGAGGAUGAGCAGUUCGUGAAAUGCUUUCUAGAUAAUUUGAUGUUUUACACAGAUCAAGGAAAGGAAAAUGAAGUAGAAGCAACUUUGAAAAACGAAAUCAAAACUAGCUAUAAAAUAAAUGACGAUAUAGAUUGUGAAGCAGUGUUUUUAAAGGUCCAUGACAAGGUUCAACAUUUGUGGAAACAGCAAAAGAAAGCUCCUUACUUGACCAAGGAUUGUGACUAUUUUGAUGCAGCCGUUGUGCAAGUGCGUGACAAUCCGCCUUUAAUCAAUCUAAGUGCAAUUUGCAUCAGCCAGAUCAAUAGAUACCAAGUUGAGUUUAACUCAGAAGCAGUUCUAUCACUUGUUUCUCGUAUUGGAGAGGGUGUGACAAAUAUCGUUUCGAAUUUCGUUGAACAAACUUGUAUCAAAUUGCUUCAACAUUUCAAUUCAGAUUCGCAGAUUUUUAUAACUUCACAAUAUUUGGACCAUGCUUUGCCUCAUCUUAAAAAGGUUUUUCAGCUUAGAAUUGGAAGUAAUAUCUGCAAAACAAUGAUCCUUGUUGGGGAUCAAGAAGCGGACAAUGAUAUUAAGAAAAUGUUGAAUGAAUUUAAAAAUUCAAAAAUCAAAUGGAUUAUUGUAACAAACAAAAAGUUAUCGAAUUGCGUCAAUCAUUUUAAGGACGAAGUAAGCAUUUUUAGCGAUCUUACUCCGAAGUCACAAACAAACCUGUUUGGCGAGCGUGAUAUUUAUUUCCAGGGUACUAAAAUUAAACUCGGACAGUUAAAGAAAUGCGCUUCAGUAGACAUCAUCGAUGUUGGAAUACUUUGCAAACUGAUCAGUAAACGCGAUGUGAUGAUAACCGGAGGAAAGGAUUUGACUCAUUUCGUAAACGUUGCUGAAUUCUUUAUUUUUUUUAUUUUUUUAUUUUUUGUGGGACGGUGAUCCAGCCGCACAUCGUUAAUGUAGAAACCUCUAAAACAAUUUAUAAUGGUUGGUGUUGGUUACAAUCGAAAGGAUUCCAAAUAUGUUGCGUUGUCAACCAAACAGUUAAUUGAGCAAAUUUAUUAUAUUCACUUACUUCUCGUGAAAUUGUGCGAAGGGAAUGUCUUCCCUUCCAAAUUCGAAACCAUGCUGAAACUUAUGAUUAUUUGUAUGAAAAGACAUCGCUUGUUUGGACCAAGUAUUCCUCAUCCUCACAACACUGUUUCACCAUGUUACGCUAAAUUCAUCGGAGUUUGCAAGAAAUCAUCGAAUAGUGUUUGGAUCAUAUUCCUCGUUUAUGUUGUGUUCUUUUCUGGAAACAAAGCGGCACGUGACUAGUGACAGAAUAAUACAAAUAUUUACCAACACUGUCGAAAAGUAUAAGGAAGCAUUGAAACAAGGUAAAUUUCCGCAUGAAAUAUAUUCUGAUCAAGACAUCAACGAUUAUGAUAAAAAUGAUCUAGUGCAUUGGAUUUACAAGGUCAUUGAGUUUAAAACUAAACAAAAUUACACUUUUGAUGUUGCAUUGCUUCGAGUUUCACAAGAAAUGAAACGUUCUUGCGAAAGACUCCACAAAAUACUGGAGAUGUCUGGUGCAAAAGAAGCCAGAGACAUCAAAAUCUUCGAUACCGACCAAAUCCUGAACAUUUUGGACUUGCAGGAAGUGGAGACAAACUACGAAAUGCAACGUAUCAUGACGAAGAUCAUCGACUGCAACGGUAUAUCGCUAAUAGUUACAUUUUUGUUUCACCACUGCUUUGACCAAAAGAAAUCAGAUACUUCCAAGAAACCAAACGAAGAUCUAGAAGGCAUUUUUAAGGUUGGUUCAAAGCGAUUCGUAAAAGAUACAAUCACUUUUACCGAGCAAACCCCGCAAAUCUACAACUUAUGGAUGAGCUUAGACCGACGGUACCAUCAACUGUUGCAAGCUUUCGAAACCAACGACUGCCACGACGCCGUACGCGACGUCCUAACCCAGAUUGAUCCCGACUACCGUCAAGCGGUGAUCAACGGCCAAGAUCCCGACUACGGUUCUCCGCUGCACUUUGCCACAGCCAGCGGAGACCUGGAAUUGGUCCGGACACUGCUGGAAUUCGGAGCGGAUCCCAACUCUGUGCUCGAUGAAACUGGACCACUUCCACGACUGAGAAUCGAAAGUGACGAGUUGGAGCAUUUUAAACAUUUCAGACCGAUUCAUUUUGCUGCAAUGCGAGGUCAUGGGGAAAUUGGGAAGGUUUUGUUGGAAAACGGAGCCGAACUUGAUAUCGUAAAUGAUUCUGGUAUGACGCCAAUGAAUUAGGCUAGAAUACAUGGUCAUGACGAGAUAUUAGUUUGACCAAUAUUUCAAAAUAAAAUGCCCAAAUUGGUCUAGUCAAAGUUAGGUAAAUACAGUCCAGACUUCGGAUAAUCGAAUCACGAAAAUAUUUAUUUUUUGUUGUUUUAUUUUUGAUUCUCGAGCUUACACGUAAAAAAGUCAAUUCCCAAAAUCGUGAAUUAUGUUCAUGAAUUUGAGAACCAGGAAGGAAUAUAUUCACGUUUAUAGUGCAAAUGCACCAUACUCAUGAACAAAUUACUUCGUGGUUCUCACAAUCAUGAACAUAAUUCACGAUUGCCGGAUUUUUUUUCUGUGUACCGUAAUCUGGGGUGAAACGGGACUACAGUCUGAAUAGGGAUAGCAGUUUUUAGAGCACUUAGAGCUUUUAAAUUUGAAAAUGGAUGUACACAUUUUGCUGGCCUGAGUCUGUUCUAACCGAAACCAACAUGAAAAAUCAAAAUAUUGUGCUCCAACAUGGUUAAAACUGCUGUCCCAAUUCGCCCCAUGUGUCCCGAUUGCCUCAGUUUACGGUAAGUAUAAAUCCCUAAUCGAGGCUUCGGAUAAUCGAGUCUGAACUGUGUAAUGAUCGGAUUACAUUAUGAAUUCAGUUUUAAAAAACGAUAAAAUAUGAGCUAACAUCUUGGCUAACAUAAGUAUCACAUCAAUAUAUGUGUCAUUUCACCUCAAUCGUUCACAAAAAAGUGCAAAGUUGAAAUCAACAUUUUCUUGUCAAGCAAGAAUCCUGAUUCAUCCAAAUAAAACUACCCCAAAAAUUGGCCUUUUCCAAGAAAAUUGGGAACAUGACAAAUUUUUGUUGCAUGCGAAAGAAAUAUCCAUUUAUCUGAUCAAUUUGAAGUCGACUGAAAAUUAAAUAUUAAAAUAACCCAACUCAUUGUACCACCCUAUCCAAAUGUCACAUUCCAAAACAAGCGAGUUUGUCUCUUCACUGUCAGUUGGCUAAGCGUAUUGCGCAUAGCGGUUCAAAACAAAAAAAAAACAUUUUAAAAGUGAAAACAAAUUUACUCUUUUAGCACUUAUAAGUACUGAGUCAUCGAUUGAAUGACAAGAAAAAAGAAAAGAAAUUAUUUUCAAUGUGAUUACUGCAAAAACAUCCAAAAUUUGCAGGUUCAUUUAAAGCUUUCGAGCAAUAACCGGAAUGGCCGACCAAGAUGAGCUGAUCCAAAACAGUAUGCUUCUCCUCGGUAUACGGAUGAAAACACUGACUUCGACUCAACUAGACAUCAUCAUCGAACACGGCGGGAACAUCAACACCAAGGAUGCCAACGAUAGAAACAACACCCCACUGCACGUAGCUGCCUGCAAGGGAGUUCCGGAGAUUGUCCAACUUCUGCUGGAUAGAGGAGCAAAGGUUUCGGAAAAGAAUUCGACUGGGCAAACCCCGCUGGAUGUUGCCCAAGGUUCUGAGGUCGUCGAAAUACUCAAGAAACACAUUCAAAAUGUGCCCAAACAGGAAUUACGACCAGCAAGCGAUCAUUCAGUUGCUGAGCAAUCAACCACUGAAAAUAAAACUAUCUUCUACUCAAAACGAUCCGGUACAUCCGGCUUUUGUGGACAGCUGUAUGAAACUAAACUGCUAACGUUGAUUUUGUUUCGGGCCCUGAAACGCAAAGACAUCGCCGAGUUUUAUCUGGGAUCCAACGUGGAUGGCCUGGGAGCACUGGACGAUGUAGUUUUUUGGUUCCGGGAUAUUUACGGGAAAACACGGAUGCAGUUUAUCCAAGCAAAGCAUCGCGAUGACCCCGAUAAGGACGGAAAGUUGACCUUGGGAGAGACCCUCAAGGAGAAAGGUGACUAUAGCAUACACAAGUACUUCGAUAGCUUCCUGGCAAUAAGGCGAAAGUUUGGCUCAAAGAGCGAGGAUGACCAGAUCUUCAGAGAAGAGUUUCAAAAAGUGGACUGUGAUUUUGUGAUUUAUACCUCAGCGAAAGAGAACUUUGAUUGUAAAAAAGGGAUAGAUACUGAGACAACUGAGUUCAAUACAAAAACGGAUGAUAUAUUAUACUCAACUAAUCGCGGUAAAACAUUCAAGUUUGAAUACAGUCCGCAAAAUGUUAAAACAUUGGCAACAGUUGCAACUAAGUUACGUAUUCAAACAUUAGGAAAUAUUUUGGCUGAUUUUGUACUAUCUGGCAGAACAGACAAUGUUAUGUCCGAUGAUCUGAUGAGAACGUAUCACGUAGUUUUGGCACAAAAACUAUUUAAACACAGCGAAACAGGACAAAUGACAUUCAAGACAGAUUUCUUUGCAUCUAAAGAAAAGUUAGUUGUUAUUUUAAGGGAAAUAAUGUACGAUAAAAUUUUAGAAUAUAGAAAGCAAAAAUUUGAAGAUUCAGAUUUACAAAACUUUUUGAAAGUUCUAUUAGAGAAUCCUAGCGCGGAAAAUAUAAGCAAACUACUCGGCAAUGUGCUCAGGUACGAUAACUCGUUAAAAACGCUUACACCAAUUAAAAAUCGGGUGAAACUAGAUGCGUUACAAGAAGCAGCCUUUAAAAAUAUAAUAGUUACACAAGAAACUAUACGAAAUGCUACAGACAUCGUAGGAAGAUCAACAUUGGAAUCAUUAAAAGUCAAAUUUCCACCUUCUUUCGGAAAUCUAGAUUUGCCAAUAGGGAAAGGUAAUCAAGAGCAAAGAAUUAAGCAUUUAGUACAACGAUUCAAGGUUUUAUUCCAAUUGGCAGCGCAAAAUGAUAACAUUGUCAGAAUCGAUGAAAGUAUGAUUGGUAAAAUAUUAAACAGUGGCGAUGUUGGUCUAAACGGGGGUUUUGCCGGUAUGGUGGGCAAUAUCUUGAUUCCGGAUCAAAACACAAACUUGUUGAAAUUUAAUGUUGAUGGAAGUUCGUUGCAAUCAAAUGCAAAAAGGUUGCUUGAGUUGUUAAAGAGUGAAAUUGGGAUUGCUUUAGAAAGUUAUCGAUUAGAAAUCAAAGUUGAUUGUUUUCCACGAUUGACAUUGGAAAAUAAAGAAGAGGAUGAGCAGUUCGCGAAAUGCUUUCUAGAUAAUUUGAUGUUUUACACAGAUCAAGGAAAGGAAAAUGAAGUAGAAGCAACUUUGAAAAACGAAAUCAAAUCUAGCUAUAAAAUAAGUGACGAUCUAGAUUGUGAAGCAGUGUUUUUAAAGGUCCAUGACAAGGUUCAACAUUUGUGGAAACAGCAAAAGAAAGCUCCUUACUUGACCAGGGAUUGUGACUAUUUUGAUGCAGCCGUUGUGCAAGUGCGUGACAAUCCGCCUUUAACCAAUUUAAGUGCAAUUUGCAUCAGCCAGAUCAAUAGAUACCAAGUUGAGUUCAAAUCAGAAGCAGUUCAAUCACUUGUGUCUCAUAUUGGAGAGGGUGUGACAAAUAUCGUUUCGAAUUUCGUUGAACAAACUUGUAUCAAAUUGCUUCAACAUUUUGAUAAGGACUCGCGUCUUUUCAUUACAUUUCAAUAUCUGAAAAUUGUGCUCCCUCAUCUUAAAGAGGUUUUUCAGUUUAAAACUGUCAGUAAUAUCUGCAAAACGAUGAUCCUUGUUGGGGAUCUAGAAACGGUCAAUGAUAUUGAGAAAAUGUUGAAUGAAUUUAAAAAUUCAAAAAUCAAAUUGAUCAUUGUAACAAACGCAAGGUUAUCAACUUACGUCGACCAUCUCAUAGACGAAGGAAGCAUUUUUAGCGAUCUUGUUCCGGAUUCUCAAACAAAACUGUUGAAGGAGCGUGAAAUAUAUUUCCAGUGUGCUAAAAUUAAACUCGGACAAUUAAUGGGAUGCGCUUCAUUAGACAUCAUCGAUGUUGGAAUGCUUUCCCAACUGAUCAGUAAAUGCGAUCUGAUGAUAACCGGAGGAGUGGAUUUGACUCAAUUCGAAAACGUUGCUGAAUUUUUGAUAGAAAGAAAAUUAUUGCGAAAAAUGGUUAAGAUUAGGAAAGGUGUCAAAAAUACAGAUCAUGACGUAUGGGUUAAGUCAUGUGAAGAUUUUAAGAGAAAAUGCAUUGAUAAUGAAACGAUAAACGUUCAUUUAGUAGAUUCCAAAAUGAGCUGGCAAAAAUCACGUGGAAGUCUUAGCAAAGUACGUGAAAAUAUUGAAUCAACUCACGAGCAGAUUGUAACGGAUUCAUUGGAGUUGUACAGCGAAAGGAUUGUCAUUGUAGCUGCCGAACCUGGCAUGGGAAAAUCCACCUUGAUAACAGACCUAUCGAAAAGAAUAACCCAGCACGAUCCACUCUGCUGGGUUGUGCGAAUAGAUUUGUUAAACUAUACAAAAGAGUUCAACAAAUGGUUGAAAUUGAAAAUAAUCGAUCUACCACUUGCAAUAAAGUUUAUUUUGAUUGUGCAACAAAUUAUAUCGAGUGAUGAAGAAACUUCAUUUACCUUAUCGGCAGAUGGUACGAUUCACCUGAAGAACACCGCUCGAAGUAAAAUAAGUGGAAAAACAUUGUUUGAAAUUGAGUUGUUUCUAAGUUUUUACAACAAAGGAAACAUUACGCUACUUUUUGAUGGUUUUGACGAAAUCAGCCCAAACUAUAAGGAACCAAUUUUAAAACUAUUGAAAAUUCUUCAAAACAAUGAGAAGAGACUUUGGAUAACCACACGAAAUGACAACAAUCAUUACGAACUGGAAGAUAAUUUAAGUAAAUUUGCAUACACUAUAAAACCGUUCAGCAAGCAAGAUCAGAAAAAGUUCUUGCAUAAAUUCUGGAAAGUCAAACUUAAAUUGAAACACAUUGACAACCAUCGGUUCAGUAUUUUUGCCAGCAAUUUAAUCAAGCUGUUUUCAAAUACGAUCAACAAUACGGAAGCUUCAUUCAUGGGAAUUCCACUGCAAAUGCGGAUGAUCGCAACGAUUUUUUUGAACGAUUUCAAGAAAUUUCUCUUUAAAGAACAUGCAUUUACCAACAGAAUUGAGCGUCAAAUAAGUGCCAAGUUAGAUCUGGUGGUGCUGUACGAGGAAUUUUUCCGCAUAAAACUCGAAGAGGUACUGUUCGGCGAUAAAUCACCCAACAUUGACAAGAGUGAUCCAAAAAUAUGCGAAUUGAUGCAAGAGAAACGUCAAUCGAUAGCCGAAAAACAUGAAAAGCUAGCUUUAUGUGCACUGCUGGAGGACCAAGAGUUGAAUGCUCUCCAGGUGCUGCCAGGUGAAACUUCUAAGUUCCUAGAAGACUUUAUAUCGGGCCGAGAAAAGGUCGGUUUUAUAAGCCAGGUGGUGAAGGAUAAACCACGCUUUGUGCAUCAAACAUUUGCCGAAUAUUUUGCGGCACGAUACCUUUGGAGUAAAUUUAAAUCUUCAAAACGCAAUUCAGAUAGAUUCAUCCGAGAAGUUUUUGUUCAAAUUCUCACAAAAAGCAAUCGAUACCAGGUGUGUUGCUUUGUGCAGCAAAUAGCACUGCAAGAUUUUAAAGUUUCUCUCAAUUCGAAAGAGUUGGGAAGCAAAAUCGGUUGCCUGUUGGUGAAUCUCGUACCUCUUGCUAAAAACUAUAGUUACAUCGUCGAGAGUGACUUUUUGCACAGAGAUUAUAGCCAUCGCUUGAAAGAUGGGGCAAAUGAAUGUGCAAAAACUUUGUUGAAAAUUGUUGAAAAUUUUAUUAUCAGUCACAACGAAUGUGUGAUUAAUUCAAUGAAAAGUUUAAAUAUUAUGGAUUGUUUUUGUUUAUUUUCAAUUGCUUCUAGCGAGGGUUAUUACAAUUUAAUUCAGAAAUUCGUUGGAAUUUUUAAUCCAUCAAUAUUACAAUCUAAUCUAGCUCAUAACGGGUGGACAUUUGAUCCAUUGCUGAAAGCGGCAACCAAUGGGCACGUCAAAAUAGUUCAUAUUCUCCUUAAAGAGUUCUACCAUAACGUUUCCACGUGGGUGGACAAAGACGGGAAAACACUGAGGCAACAUGUAUUCACUGAUCACCUUCCGUUCCAGUUUCAGUUUGUGCACAUUUUCGCUCAAUUGGGUAUUAUCGAUGGCAGUACUUAUUUGGCACCUAACACAAAAAAUGAGAAAUUUCCACUAAUUACGUUGCUUUUCGAGCAUGCACCUGUGCAAUACCUGAAGCUACUAGCGCCAACAACAGAUUUUAGACACUUGAAUAACUUCAAAAUCUUUACAACUACCGAUGGAACACAGGACGUAAUCCAUGGACUGUCCCUGUUUUUAUUGGACUAUGAUGAUCAAUUGAUAAAGGAUUGGAAAACUUAUGGAGCAGAUUUUUCUCAGUCCAUAAAUUCUUUAAUAUCACAGUUCACUAAUCGUGCUGUAACUGAAAUGAAACUUUUUGCAGAUGAACAAAUGCUAGACAAAAUAUUCAGAGAUUACAAAAUUUGGGAUACACUGCUUUGCAAAAUAAAACAAUUUUUAAUGGUUGGUGUUGGUUACAAUCGACAGGAUUUCAAGUAUGCGUUGUCAACCAAACAGUUGAUUGAGCAAAUUUAUUAUAUUCACUUACUUCUCGUGAAAUUGUGCGAAGGGAAUGACUUCCCUUCCAAAUUCGAAACCAUGCUGAAACUAAUAAUUAUUUGUAUGAAAAAACAUCGCUUGUUUGGACCAAGUACUAUCCUCACAACACUGUUUCACCAUGUUACACUAAAUUCAUCAGAAUUUGUAAGAAAUCAUCGAAUGGUGUUUGGAUCAUAUUCCUCGUUUAUGUUGUGUUCUUUUCUAGAAACAAAGCGGCACGUGACUAGUGACAGAAUAAUACAAAUAUUUACCAACACUGUCGAAAAGUAUAAGGAAGCAUUGAAACAAGGUAAAUUUCCGCAUGAAAUAUAUUCUGAUCAAGACAUCAACGAUUAUGAUAAAAAUGAUCUAGUACAUUGGAUUCACAAGGUCAUUGAGUUCAAAACUAAACAAAAUUACACUUUUGAUGUUGCAUUGCUUCGAGUUUCACAAGAAAUGAAACGUUCUUGCGAAAGACUCCACAAAAUGCUGGAGAUGUCUGGUGCAAAAGAAGCCAGAGACAUCAAAAUCUUCGAUACCGACCAAAUCCUGAACAUUUUGGACUUGCAGGAAGUGGAGAUAAACGACGAAAUGCAACGUAUCAUGACGAAGAUCAUCGACUGCAACGGUAUAUCGCUAAUAGUUACAUUUUUGUUUCACCACUGCUUUGACCAAAAGAAAUCAGAUACUUCCAAGAAACCAAACGAUGGUCUAGAAGGCAUUUUUAAGGUUGGUUCAAAGCGAUUCGUAAAAGAUACAAUCACUUUUACCGAGCAAGCCCCGAAAAUCUACAACUUAUGGAUGAGCUUAGACCGACAGUACCAUCAACUGUUGCAAGCCUUCGAAACCAACGACUGCCACGACGCCGCACGCGACGUCCUCAUCCAGAUAGAUCCCGACUACCGUCAAGCGGUGAUCAACGGCCAAGAUCCCGACUACGGUUCUCCGCUGCACUUUGCCACAGCCAGCGGAGACCUGGAAUUGGUGCGGACACUGCUUGAAUUCGGAGCGGAUCCCAACUCUAGGCUCGAUGAAACUGGGCCACUUCCACGACUGAGAAUCGAAAGUGACGAGUUGGAGCAUUUUAAACAUUUCAGACCGCUUCAUUUUGCUGCAAUGCGAGGUCAUGGGGAAAUUGGGAAGGUUUUGUUGGAAAACGGAUCCGAACUUAAUGUCGUUAGUGAUUCCGGCUGGAUGCCAGUGGGAUUAGCCAAGAAAUAUGGCCACGAAAAAAUAGUUAAACGGUUAGGUGAAAAAACAGGAGGUAAAGUUUCAACUCCGCCAUAGUUUUUUUUCUAGUCUGGUAUUAGUUUUCUUCUUCCAAAAAGCGAUUAGCAAUAAAUUUAAGGAAAAAAACAAUUGUGAAUGUUAAUUACUAAGUUUUUUUUUAUAGUUUAUAAUAUAUGUACAAACAACAAAUAAGAAAAAAAGAGAUUGGAAAAGUGAAACAAAAUAUAAUAAUAGCUUUUUUCAAAGUGUUUUUUU